ACCGCUGGGUUUUCCUCAGUGUCACACACAGGUCGGUUAGACGGUGUGAACUAGACCAGAGCUUAUCAUAGACUAGUUUUUAAUCCUUAGAUCAUGACCCCCUCACUCUUUCUUUCACUUUUCGGUGAGUAUACUCGAUAUUUAGCGACUUUAAUGUCUGUUUAAGAGUUUACAAGGCAGCGAUUGAUCAUGAUUGCUGAAUUCGCUGAGUAACGGUCACAUGGCUAGCAGCCUUUAAAAACCAAAACUCGUCUUAAUUAUCGACCACAGUACCCCACCUGUUUGCGGCUUGACAUGCAAAAUUAAAAACGGGCAUUUAAAGUCAUGAUGUUACAUGCUGGAGAUUUCUUGACAAAUCGGUGUUAGAUUAAAUCCAACAAAGUGUCUUUAAAUAUCUUAAAUACACUGCAAAACUGGUUGAUGCAACCGAACACGGGUAGAUUUCUGCAGCCUCUUGAACAGACAUAAAAUCCAGCAUUAAUUUACAACUGCACCCCUAAAGUCAGUUUAAUCGAAGCCGAAUUGCAAACCAAAUGCUGUAGAUUAAGUAAAGUGUUAAAAACUUGCAUUUUCUGCUUAAUGAAAUUUAUGGGACACGAUGUUAAUUAAAUUCGUGGGUCUUUAAAUGGAGUUCGGCGUCGAGUGGGAGGGUGAAUUCGCUCGUAUUAUUGAUCAAUAAGUGACAUGUGCUGCAGAUUUGCGACCCAUUAUGUUUGCAUUAAGUUGAAUAUCAAUAAUACUGCAUAGAAAACUGUAUUUAUGUUGAUGUGUAAUAUUUCUGCGUCACAGUGUUGUUGUCACGUGAGCGGUACCAACUUUCCGCUAACUUUUUUAACAAACACUAAUUUAAGAGACAUUUUCCUCUGAGAGCCUUCAGCUCUUUAUGUCAGUUUCAUUAUGUAGUUAUAUGUGACUAAUUAUGUGUUAUAUGCUUUCAUAACUGGCGCUCAAAGCGGACAGCGAAAGUGAAAUCGGGCUGGGAUUCCCCGGGGUUUCUCGGAAAGGGGAAGUGGACUGGGGAAAUCCCAUUACGUGUCACUGACACUUCUGAUGAAUUCACUUGUUAUUAUCAAGCUUUGUGAGCUUUAAAGGUUAUCCUUAUUUUAAAAAUUUCAGAGACAAAUGAUUUAAGGAAGUCUGGGAAGUUUCAAGUGUCUAACCCUUUAUUUCAGUGUGCUGAGGGAUUUUCAUGCAGUUAUUAUCGGGGGAUUAUUGUGCAUCUGUAACAUGUCAUUUGUAGUUGUGUACAGUGAUUGUGUAUGUGUCUGUAUGUAAAUGUGAAAUCACACACUCUAUGAGUUGUGUACUUGUAGAUUUUCUUUUAUUUCCACAAAUACAACACAACAUUCACAAAUGUGUAAUUACAGGAGCACAAGUCCUAUUUCACAGUCACAGAUUCAAACUCUGAUCCAGUUGUCUCAGCAUCUGUCCAUCUGUGACUGUGAAAUAGGAUUUGUGCUCCUGUAAUUACACAUUUGUGAAUGUGUGAAUGUUGUGUUGUAUUUGUGGAAAUAAAAACAACAUCAACAAAAACACACAAAGAAUCUACAAAUACACAACUCAUAGAGUGUGUGAUUUCACAUUUACAUACAGACACAUACACAAUCACUGUACACAACUACAAAUGACAUGUUACAGAUGCACAAACCUUUUGCACCAAAAACACCUUCAUUGUCUCUUUCUUAUCUUGUUUUUCUUGUUGCACUAGAGGCCUCAUAAUCUCCAAGUGCAGUUAUUGUUUAGCAUUUUCACAUCAUAGAAAGUACAAAAGUACAAAUAAAAAUACUAAAAACACUCAAACAAGUCGGUAUAUUUUAUUUCAUUUGUGUACAGACCUGAAGUCCGUUUGUUUGUUUGUUCGGUCGGUCGGUCGCUUGCCCCAGCCACUUCCACCAGCUCCUCCUCCGGGGGGAUUCCCAGGCGCUCCCAGGCCACCUCCACCUGGUCCUGGGUCGGCCACGAGGUCUCCUCCCGGUGGGACAUGUCUGGAACAUCUCUAACGGGAGGCGUCCAGAAGGCGUCCUAACCAGAUGCCCGAGCCACCUCAGCUGACUCCUCUGGACGUGGAGGAGCAGCGGUUCUCCUCUGAGCGCCUCCCGAGUGUCCGAGCUCCUUACCCUAUCUCUAAGGCUGAGCCCGGACACCCUGAGGAGGAAACCCAUUUCAGCCGCUUGUAUCUGCGAUCUUGUUCUUUCGGUCAUUACCCAAAGUUCAUGACCAUAGGUGAGGAUCGGCACGUAGAUCGACCGGUAAAUCCAGAGUCUCUCCUCACGGCUCAGCUCUUUCUUCACCACCACUGAUCGGUUAAGCGUUCGCAUCACUGCUGACGCCGCUCUGAUCCGCCUGUUGAUCGACCUGGAGUCUUUUGGGUUUUUCUUCAAAAGUCUGAUUCUUCUUCUUCUUCUUUGUUUAAAAGUCUUAGUUGCUGCCGUUGCGGCACAGGGGCGUUCCUCAGGGGUGAAUCAGAGGAACUCCACCUAUCACUGCUGUGACCAACCUGCCAUUAAGUUCGACCGACACUGUGGAAACACGUGGAGCAACGACCAGAAGGUAACGGUGGUGCAGAUAUCAUAUCCACCUUAUUUCUAGUCACCAAGAGGAGAGGAACUGUGAACAUUGAUCCUGUUUUUAAUCCAGACUCUGCUGUCAGCCUGUUUUCAGGGUGUAUCUUGGUUCCUAAAAUCAGGAUAUGAUGUUUGAUACUCAGUGCAGACAGUGUAUCUGCUCUGAUGAAACAAAGAUCCACUGACCUUAUAUUCUGUAAUUGUGAUGUUUUUGUGAUUUCACUGUUACUCAAACAGACAAACGAGGAAAGAGACAGAGAAAGAAGUGGUAAUCAAUCAUUUAUAGGUAAUUAACCUGCAUUAGUGUUAGUCCCUUUCAUUUUCACUUCAGAAAACUAAAGACUGAAACAGCCUCCUCCCUUUUACUUUCACGCACUGUUAGCUGAGCCGUAGUAAAGCUUGUUGGUUACCCCCCCCACCCUUCCCCUGUGACAGGUGUAGAUGUGUUCAUGUUUCCCCUCACUGCUCCACCUCUGCUCCCCUUCUAAUCUGGCUUCAUGGAGCAUCAAAUAACUAUUCAAAACGAAACUAUCCAGUAAAACACACUCAACAAAAAAAUAUAGAAAGGCAACACUUUUGUUUUUGCUCCCAUUUUUCAUGAGCUGAACUCAAAGAUGGAGGACUUUUUCUGUUUGCAUAAAAGACCGAUUUCUCUCUUUUAUUGUUGACACAUUUGUCUGAAUCUUCACAGGUGUGAAUCUUUGAGUUCAGCUCAUGAAACAUGGGAGAAAAAAACCGAAGUGUAACCUUCAGUUAUCUGCCGCUCCAGAUUUACCCGGUGAACAAAACUACGUCAUGUUUGUCCGGCUGUGUCACUUUUCUUUGUCUUCUCCUGAAACUCCAAAAACAACUUUCAAACUCCAAGAUCUUCAAUUGGAGUUUGACUCGAUUGUUUCAGAUGCACCGUCUUCACUGAUUGGGUUUCAGGACUGACACCAGUGUUGGCUUGAAAUUCUUGAAACGUUAGAGUUAAAUGUAAGAAAGAGUUGUGGUUUUAUCCCAUGAUAAUAUCGUCCUUAUCAUGGGAAGUCUUCCUAACCCUCACCCUCCAGGUCCCAUCCUGACCUUUUAAAGGUACAGUGCGUAGAAACAGAAUAUUUAGCAACAUCUGGCUGUUAGAAACUCCGCCCUUUUUCCCAGUGAAGGGACGGUGGCCUUCAGGGACAAGAAGCUCCUGUGAUGCAUGAUGAGCAUGAUCCUCUAUAUGUUCAUUUUUACUCUUAAAAAUAUCAGUCAGUGCAAAUAUUCUGAUGAAUGCUGCUAAAUCCUGCGCACUGUACCUUUAUAAGAGUUUUUAUCCGUGUCUUCUAUGAACAGACUCCAGUGUUUUUAUCCUUAAAGGGAUUUUUCUUUGUUUUUUUCAGACCUUCGCUUACUACAAACUCAGCGGCUCACGCAAAGGUUGCAAACUUCCAUGUAAAGAGCUCAAUGAUGGGCGGAUGCUGCUGGAAAAGUGCGUUGAAGUCCAAGUUAGUGUGGUGCAUAAGAAGGUCAGUGAUACACUGUUUGGUUUUUGGUUUUGUUCAGACUUGGCUGUGUUUCUGCAGAGUCAGACUGUUCGAGUCAGCGUCCAGAGAGCAGAGAGAGUCUUUAUUCAGUUGUCGGUGGAGUCAGCCGGCUUCGUUUGGAGAGUGAAGAGCAGUUUCUAGUUUUAAUAAAAACAUCAUCUGAUUCUGGAACCAGAAGGUCGACGUCUUUAGGGAUCCUCUCUGCAGAUGUUGUGAAGCACUUUGAAUAAAGAUCUGAGUGUGUCAUGGUUGACUUUGAGCCUCCUGAUCUUUGAACAGGGAGGGGGCUCAGUGAUGGAGGAAAGGAUCAGCUUCACACCCCUGCCCUGCUCUGCUCCAGCUUUGGCUCCAGGUAACCAGGACUGAUUCCUCUUUAUCGAUACUGAACAGUUUGAUUUCUGACAUGUGAAAGGAGCUUUUUUGUAUCCUGAUCACAUUCCCAGUUUGUGUCCUCAACUUUUGAAACUUUUAAGUGGGAUUGGGACAUUUUUUAACCCAAACAUCAGGAGAAUUCUGGUCCUCAAAGAGAGCAGGACUCUUCUACUACAGAGCCGUGUUUCAUUAGUAUCCUUGAAUGAACAUUUUUGAGUGACAGCGUUAUUUUGAGACGACUCCUGUAUUUGUCUGUUUGCUGCAGGGUCCGUCGGUCCGCUGCUGCUGCUGCUGCCCGUGUUGAUGAUGAUGAUCGGUCACAUGAUCAGCGUCUGAAACCACCUCUUUGCUGCGCUGCUGUCUGAGCUCUGGGACCAGGGCUGACUCUAAGUAACCUUAUUUGCACUCGGCUUACUUAGUUUAGAUUCAGAUGUUUUAUUUAAGUCUUAAAGACUCACUACCUCGCCGACAGUGUUCGGCAGACAGUGUUAUUAGGUGUGAAGCUUUGCAUCGUCUAAUCAGGCCAUGGGAUGAGGGAUUGAUUUAAAGAUUUAGUUUUUAGACACUUUGAUUAAUGGUUUUAUAUUUUUAUACUCUGUUUUUACUCACUACCUCGCCGACAGUGUUCGGCAGACGGUGCUGUGAAGUGUGGAGCUUUACACACUUAUAUUAAGCUCUGGGAUGAGGGAUAAUUCAGCAUCAUGUAGUUUUCUUUUUGCUCUUUUUAUACGGGUUUUUUUAUUUAUAUGUAAAACGAGUCACUACCUCGCCGGCAGAGUCCGGCAGACAGUGUUUUUGAGUGUGGCGCUGCAGCUUUGUUGGUCCUCUGUCACUGUCCCCCAUUUUCACCACUUCUCCCUCUAAAAAAACACAGAGUCAAAUGUGAAUGUUUUUUAAUAACGCCCUUUUCAGACAUGCACAGUUUCCUGAAACUACCCUGCAGAUGAGCCGUUUCCAUGAACACAAACACACGAGUUUCUCUCCCCACCUUCACAGUCACAGAUCUGUAAAAUGAUCUGAAGGUACUGUAACGAUAAUCAUGAAGUUUGUUCCACUAAUGAAGUUUUCACGAUCACUGUAAGAGUACGACGGCACGUUUUCAGGUCAGACUUCAGGAGAGCUGAAUGACUGAGUGUAGAUCAGACCGCUCCUCGCUCCGUUUACACUGCCUGAUUAACAGAAACAGGUUUUAAUGCUUCACUCGACAAUCUGUUUACAAGAUAAUCCGUUAAAAUAAACCCGUUUUAAUUCUGGAAGAGCAGCAGCUGAAGGUUCAGUGAAGGAGACUUCAUGCUGUGAAGGUGUGUUUGUGUGUGAACUGUAGAGUUGGGUACAUUUCUGGACAUUUUCCAGAGUUCAUGUCUGAAAAUGGCGUCACUCACUCCCAUUUCCCUGCUGGGGUUGUUAUGAUCAGGGUCAUUUAAUGAACACUCUGGAUAUUGCACUAAUUAGAGUCGUUUAGCAUCAGGUGACUCUGGUACUCCGUUAAAAUUUGACGCCUCGGAGAAGGAUGAAGUUAUGAGGUGUUAUAGGAGAGAAGGUUACGGUUGUAGGAAGAGGACUUUAGUGGGGGUGGGGGUGUUCACAUGAUGGACUCCUGAAAAAUCAUAAACUAGAUUAAAUAAACAGCUAAAUUUGGUGCACAAUAAGCUAUCAGCUAAUAUGAAACUAAUCAAAGAUAUCUGUUUAACACGACUGCCAGGAGAGACACUCCUAUUCCUCUAGUUUAACAGUGUUUUCACCAGAGAGUAACCUGCCCACUACAUAUCUGUGACAUAUCUUUAUCUUUCAUGGACGUAUUUUAGAAACUUUUGUACAAAAAAACACCAGCAAGUAUUGAUCCAGCCACGGUCCAAACGUUAAGAAUAAAGGGUGAAAGAGAGCUGAGGCAGAAAAGAGCAUCUGUAUGACUGAACUCCGAUUAUUGCACUGAAAAUAUUCAAUGAUUACGGUUAAGGAAGGAUGUUAAAGAGUCUAAAAACAAACCCCCCUAAAUGUCACAUGUAUUAAUAUCACAGCUCAGGCCAAGUAUUACUGUAAUAACUGUGAACGCUGAUCUGUUACAACACUACCACAUCAUUCUGGACUUUUCUCCCUUUUAAUCCACCUGACGAUAUCUGAGCUGCACCGUCAUUUCAAACUGUUUAUUCAUCUUUAAACUGUGUGGAGAAGUUCACGUCAUAUCAUCAAUCUUAUACAUUUAUUAUCAGAAGUGUUUGUUGGAGUGGACUCAGCCCUAAAGGGACUCUAAUUUUGAUUAACCACAGAUUAAACACUUAAUGACUCUGUUACCUCCCACAGUCAUACUUGUAGAACCUAAAAUACUCACCUGAAGACGGUCUCAUUGGUUUGGAGAAGAUAUAUAUAUGAGCUAGAUGUAAUUACAUUCCAGUCUACGGUACAUGUAGUAUUUAAACAACCAUAGAUUAAUUAAUUUUAAAUAGAUUUAUAAACGGUUGGUUUGUAACAAACCUCAGAGUUUUAGUUAUGUUCCUGCAAACUAAGGAAUAAUUUUAACUAUAGAUUUACAUAAAUAAACAUUAAACAGAUAGAUAGGGCAAUAGUUAUAGACCUACACACACAAGGCAGUUAUAUUAAAUCAUUUAAAACAUUUAAUCAUUCCAUGUUUGUUAUAUUAGUAAUAUUUCUAUUAUAUGAAUAACUAUAACAACAUAUAACAAUAACAUAUAUAAAUAUUUAUUUUCAGUAUAAAUUUCUGCCUCAUGUUUCCAUUUUAGAUGUUUUUAACAAACCAAACAGUUUAGAAAUCAUGUGUAACUUCAGUUAUGUUGAAUCUAAAGAGCAUUUCUGCCUCUUUAACUGACUAAAAUUACUGGGUCAACUUUGUAAUAUGGACUUGGUCUUAGUUAGCCAAGUCAGACAGCUGAUAAACACAAACACAAAGACUGACACUGUCACAGGACGGGAAAACGUUGCUGAUGGGAACGCUUGUAUUGACCUAAAAAAUAAUCACAUGAAAAAAACGCUCCUGGUGUGAAAGGAGCUUUAGUCUUUUUGUUUUCCUCAAAGUAAAUCUGUCAUUUUAUUAAGUCCAAACAUCCCAACUCACAGCCUCGUUAUUAAGGUCUGUAAUAUACUAAACCGUUUAUUAAUCUGUCAACAUUUCAGCGAGUUUAGAGUAUUUUUGAUCCCAUCAGCUACCGUAGAGACAACCAGAAUGGAAAACUGGAGUAAGAUGGCCGCCGUGUACGGACGCUGGUGACUCUGGUGUCAUCUAGCCUUUCUUAUAGAUAUCUAUGCUCCCGCCAGCACAAGAACAGCAGAGUUAAUAACGGUUGAGUCAAAACCAAAACAUGCUAAUAUGAUGAUAAUAAUAAUCAGAAUAAUAAUAUUUCGUUUUUCCCUCGACACCUUUUGUCUUUUUAAGCACUUUUUAACCACCAGUCUUUAAUUUUGCACACAGACUCUCUAACGAGACAAAGUCUGAUUACAGCUGACGUGUUUGUCAUAGAGUUAGACAACAUACACAGAUCUGAAUAAAACUGACAUUACGAGUCUGUUUCUGACCGUAUCUGACAUGUGAAGAAAAGUUAAGCUUGAGUCUCCCUCAUAAGUGAUGAUCAAAAAAUGUAUUAUAUCUUUUUGUUUAAUGUUUGUCCCAGUUAGUCUAAAUAUCUGUGAUGUUCUUUUGAUGCUCUUUCCUGCUUCUUCUGAUCGUCUUUCACCCACUUAAAUCUGAUCAAAUCACUAAUCAAUAUAGAAAUUAGGAGUCCAUGACCAUAAAAAAGCACUUUUCAGUCUUCCUCGCUGGACAUUUGCACAAAGAAAGGCGGAGACAGAGCACUAAAUCACUUCCUGUCUAUGCAAAAUAAUAAAAAACAAGUGCUCUGUUUUUUAAAGCUUCUGUUUGUUUUAAUUGGUUUCUUUAUUUGAAUGUGGAUUUCAUUCUCUCUUUUUUCCAGUUUUAGCUUUUUUUUUAACUCUGUUCUUACUGAUAAUGAAUGUUCUCAAAAACCUGUUUUUUUUUGUUGAUAAAACUGGAUCAUGUCCUCCGUUUUCAGUAAAUUCUGCUCAAUUAGUAAAAAAGUGUGAAUGUCAAAUGUGAAACCAUGCAGCAGAAUUCUGAGCCAGUCAAAGUUAUUUAAAAAGUUUCGUUCUCUUUCGUCUAAACCUGCAGAGAUUUGUCUUUUGUUCUGUAAUGAAAUGUAUUUAAAGAGGACCUGUACUCGUGUGCAGCUCUGUCUGUUCUGUUUCUUCUUCUGAAUAUUAAAUCUUUCUCUCUGCGA